GAAAGAAAGAAAGAAAGAAAGAAAGAAAGAAAGAAAGAAAGAAAGAAAGAAAGAAAGAAAAGAAAAGAAAAGAAAUGAAAAAAAAAGUUUUCUUCUCUUCACUUGGGCCCCAAGUGCGCACGGGCCGUGCCCAUAAUGCUUAUUGGAUAAUCUGGCCCCAGGGUAGUGUGGAAUGGUGUGUAUGCGUGCGUGUGCUUGCGCGUGCGUGUGUGUGUGUGUGUGUGUGAGGGAGGUAGGGUGGUGUAUAAAUCCGUCUCUACACACAGUGAUUGUUUGUGAACCUUUUGGCGUUCCACACAGCAGAGCGGUUCUCUUUCCAGAGCGCAGCGUCAGCCUCCUUUAGGAUGAAGGGAUGCUGCAGCUCGAACAGAGGACAAAAAAUGAAGAAGCUCUCCCGAAAGCUGGCUUUAGCUGCGGCUGUUCUGUUCUGGAUAGCGGCUCUGCUGUAUGUGAUCCUCCUGAACAGUCGGAGGAUCCCUGAGACACAGAGACAGAGAGAGAAAGAAAAAGAGAUAUCAAAUACAGAAUGGGAUGAUCUCUUGGAUGAGUUCGAAGAGAAGAACUACCUCAAUGCUGACAGGUGGAAGCCAGGCCAAGAUCCUUACAGUCAGUAUGCUUUCAAUCAAAGAGAGAGUGAGAGGAUCCCCAGCAACAGAGCACUUAAAGACACCCGACAUUACAGGUGUACAAUGCUGCACUAUGACACUGAGCUGCCAUCCACCAGUAUAGUGAUCACACUGCACAACGAAGCCCGCUCCACUCUACUGCGUACACUGAGGAGUGUGCUGAAUCGGACGCCUGUGCAUCUGAUUCAUGAGAUCAUCCUGGUGGACGACUUCAGUGUGGAUCCAAAUGACUGUCUUUUUCUCACCAAGUUACCUAAAGUCAAGUGUCUUCGCAAUAAACGAAGAGAAGGGUUGAUCAGGUCCAGGGUUCGAGGGGCAGAUGCUGCUGAAGCAGAAGUCCUCACCUUCCUCGAUAGCCACUGUGAGGUCAACAAAGACUGGCUGCCUCCACUGCUUCAGAGGAUCAAAGAGGACCCAAGUUGUAUUGCCAGCCCAGUGAUAGACAUCAUCAACAUGGACUCAUUUGCCUACAUUGCUGCUUCAUCAAACCUACAGGGUGGCUUUGACUGGAGUCUCCAUUUCAAGUGGGAACAGCUAUCUGCUGAGAAGAGAGCCAAGAGAAUCAACCCCACAGAACCUAUUAAGACACCCGUUCUUCCUGGAGGGCUCUUUGUAACCAGCAAAUCCUGGUUCAAUCAUCUGGGGAAAUAUGACACAGCCAUGGAUAUCUGGGGGGGAGAGAACUUUGAGAUCUCGUUCAGGGCGUGGAUGUGUGGGGGAAGUCUGGAGAUUGUCCCAUGCAGCAGAGUCGGCCAUGUUUUCCGCAAGAAACACCCAUACAUCUUUCCAGAUGGCAAUGCCAAUACUUAUAUUAAGAACACAAGACGUACUGCUGAGGUGUGGAUGGAUGAGUUUAAAAUCUUCUAUUACUUUGCUCGACCGGCAGCCAGGGGCAAGUCCUAUGGAGACGUUCGUGGUAGACAACAGCUAAGAAAGAGUCUGAACUGUAAAUCCUUCCAGUGGUAUUUGGACAAUGUCUAUCCAGAGCUCAAAGUUCCAGAUAAUUCACAUUCGAAAUCUGGAGUGAUCCAGCAAAGGCAGAACUGUCUUGAAGCACAGCAAACUGAGGGGCGGGAUGUUCCAGUGGUCAAGCUUGCCCCAUGCAUCAGCACCAAAACUGCCAACCAGGAGUGGAUCUACACACAUGGACAGCAGAUUCGCCAGCAGCAUGUCUGCCUGUCCGUCUCUACCACAUUGCCUGCCUCACAGAUCCUACUCGUGCCCUGCAACAUCAGCGACAGCAAACAGCGCUGGCAGAAAACAGGCACCCACCUGGAGCACCAAGUAUCACACUUCUGUCUGGACAGUGAGAUGGCUUUGGAUGCUGUCUACGGCAGUGGGAUUUUGGUGAUCAGCCCAUGUGAGCUCUCAGUGCAAACACAGAGAUGGGAAAUGCCUUUUUCUUGAUCCUGAGCUUUUCCAGGCCAAAAAGUGAGAGAGGCUCGUGUGUGAAGGGAACUGUAGGGAAGACAACACCAAUUGCAGUCACUACCAUUGUCUGAAGCUGAAGAGGAUCCCUGAAAUGUCAAGAAGAACAGAAAUGAGCAGCUGGGCAACCCUGAGCUUUAAAAUAACUAAGAAGUACAGAAACACACACACACACAGACACACACACACACACACACACACACACGCACACACACACACAACUGUGAAAAAGUAUUUGUCCUCUCCUUGAUUUCUUCUACUUUUCAUAUUUGUCUCACUUAUUAUUUUAGAUUUUCAAACAAAGAAAACACAAAAUAGAAUGUACUUAAAUAACUGUUUCAUUUAUUGAAGAAAAAAGGUUAUCCAACACUAGCUGGCUUUAUGUGGUGAAAAAGUAAUUGCCCCCUUUGUGACACAAUCAACCAACUAACCAAGUUUAAUUUGAUUUGAUCAUUUGAUUUGAUUACUGCCAGACCUGUUGGAUCUAAACAUCAAUAUGACGUCAACAACCAGCACAAAGCCAAGCACAAACCACUGCUAACCAAAAGGAACAUAAAGGCUCAUCCCACAUUUACCUAAAAUCACCUUGAUGACCCCCGAGCCUUUUGGGAUAAUGUUCUGUGGACUGAUGAGUCAAAAGUGGAAAUAUUUGGAAGACAUGUGUCUUGCUACAUCUGCCAUGAAGCUAACUGAGCAUUCCACAAUAAGAACAUAUGAAACAUGGUGGUAGUAGUGUCAUGUUGCGGGGAUGCUUUGCUGCUUCAGGGCAACUUGGCAUAAUUGAUGGAAUCAUGAAUUCUGCUCUCUACCAGACAAUCCAGAAGGAAACUGUCCAGGCAUGAGUCUGUUAUAUGAAGCUCAAGCGCAGUAAGGUUAAGCAGCAAGACAACGAUCUGAAGCACAAGAGCAGGUUCACCACUGAAUGUUUCAAAAGCAAUAACAUGAAGGUUUUGGGUUGGCCUGGUUAAAAUCCUGACUUCAACCCUACUGAGAUGCUGUAGCAGGACCUUAAGGAGGCAGUUUGUGAUGAAAAGCUUUAUAAUGUGGCUGAAUUGAAGCAAUUCAAAGUAUAGCCAAAAUUCCUCCACGGUUACAUGAACGACCAGUUAUCAGAAGCAUUUAGUGCUAAAGGAAUUCAGGGAGGGGACAAAUACUUUUUCAUGGCACUGUGGCAUUUACCUUGGUCAUCCCAAAGCAUCAUGUGGUAAAUCUGCUUGUUCCUUG